UGUUGAAAAAACAAGCUUAACUGCUCGCAGAUUUUGAAAAUAAUUGAAAAAUGUUUUUAUAUGAUGUUUGUGAAAUGGAGUAAAAUAUUUCUUUAUUUUCGAAGAUUUCGGUUUUUGAUUAAAUUUUUAAAAUGGCAUCUUCUAUGAUGAUGGAGAAAUUACUUAAUGAUGCCAAGCAACUGACUGUCCGGCUGAAGGAAAGAGACGAGAUGGCCGACAAGUUGAUAUCAACGACGAUGAAUAUUCAAUGCAAACUCUGUUCUAUGAAACAGUAUCAAAACGAAGUUGAUGAACUCAACAAGACAGCAAGACACAGGCCAAAGAUAUUACUGAUCCAGCAACUUGCUAAGGAAAAUGCAAAGAUCAGAGAUUUGCAGCAUGAGAACACUGAACUGAAGCAGUCCCUGGAGGAGCACCAGUCGACACUUGGAGUCAUCAUGAACAAGUACAGAGAACAAGUGGAGAAUCUGAAUACAACGCAACAACUUGAAGAAACAUUUGUACGAAACAAUGAUAAUUACUCCGAAGAUUUAGAGAAGAAGGAAGAGAAGCUGAAGGAAAUGGCAUCCGUCAUGAUGAUGGCAUCGGAGCAUUGGGAGACAAAUUCCAAAGAUAGGAACGAAGAGCAAAGAUUAAUAAAUCUACUGCAGGACAAGAACAAAAUAAUAAGAGAAGUAUUAUUCAGCCAGCCACAGACUGUUGAGACGAUGAAAGAAAACCAAAAUGAACAAGUUUUACAACUUUCAGUUCAGACCGAAAGCAUCGAAGACAAUUACGUAACUCCAAAACAAUCACCUCGCCUUUCGUCAGAAAUCAAAGAUACCCCAGAGCCACGAAAACGGACAUCCAUCUACCAACAUAACCAUUUUAACAACUCAGGUUCAGAUAGUGAAAGUGAGAAUGACACCAGAUCCCACGCUGAAUUAGUUACAUACAACUCUUGAACGCUUCAGUUUAAAUAAAAUAAUUGCAGCCCAUCCAAACGUCACAUGUCCUUAAGAAUUUAAUCUUUCUGAUAACUGUAGUUUGUGUGAAUUUUUAAUAGGCAGAUUGUACUAAAUUUAUUGUCACGGCGCACAUACAAUCUCAAUCCCACCCACAUACACAAUGUUUGUGAUGCUGCUUAUGGCCUGUUAUGACGUCAUUAUUUUAAGAUUUUUAUCAUAUGGGUAUAUAACGCUGACGUAUUGUUGUUUUGUUAAUUGCACGCACAUGCAAAAUGUCGAAACGUUAUUUUAAAUUAUGAAACGCGCACACACACGCACACACGCAUUUAAACUUAUCCAUGCGUGUUCGCCCGCUGAGGAAUUCUUUUGGAUUGUUGUUGAAAAUAUUUUAUAACAUCAACGAACUAAAUUCUGUUUUUAAUUUCCGUUGUUUCUUCUUUUAUUCCAGUGUGACGUCACGCAACUGUCAUUUACGUCCUGUACGUGAGAAGUACACACGUACGUACAAACACACACGCAUUGCAUACAUUUCUUCUAUUGUACAAACUUGAUCCUUUAUCAUCCCUGCGUAAGUAAGUCGCCUGCGUUACAACAAUGUGUCAGCAUUCAUUCUUAUCAUUAUUAACGUACGUUUACGAUCAUCAUUAUUACAUUAUUUUUAUUGAUAGCAAGUGCGCAAUAGCAUAUACACGCGACGCAAUGUACACAUACACGUAUUGCAUAUAUAUAUAUAUCACAUUUAUACGUACGUACGCUAAGCACGUGUUCCUAUUAUUAAAUGAAUUUGUAAUGUUCGACAGUUAAUAAAUAGGAACGGUAACUUC